AUGGGUUCCAACUUCGACACCAGACCAUGGGCUUCCAGAUCCGAGACACGAUUCUCAACCCCAAGAUCAGAAUCAAUCCGCUCGUCUAGAUCUCACUCUAAAGAACCGGAAGAGUUCAGUUUCCGAUCUCGAGAUGCCACUCAGGGCUCAGAACAUGGAUCCCGAAAUUCCAGACUCGGCUCACGAUUAGGAUCAUUGCGAUCAGGAGGUUUUCGAACCGCAUCAAGCUCUGGAAGACCAAGAACCUCAUCAAGACACGUUUCUUUCAACGCACAGCCAAACUACCCGGAAACUCUACGUCCCCAAGAUUCCGCCUCAAACUCCCGAAUCGGCCUACAAAGCGAACAUCCGCAAUCGUUAUCUGGCAGCCAGAGAACGAUUCGGCAAGGCCCACAACGUGCAUACUCUCAACUUAGAGACCCCAGCGUGAUGGCCCCUGUAUUUGAGGAUAUGCCAAUGACUCUGUGCAGCAAGCCAAAUGGCAGUAGCAGAGGCUUCUUCACUGAGUUUGAGCCAUUUGAGGGAAGUGUUGUUACGAGACAUGGAGGGAAUAACUUGGUUAGGGGUUGUGGUAGGGGCAAGACAACUACAUUCACCGUUACUUUCGAACACUCCGAGACUGUUGGUGGAGAGUGUGGCAUGAGAAGCUAUCACGAUCAUGACUGUCCUUUUCAUGAUCAUUUCGUUUAG